UUUUAUAACCUCAAUUACAGCCAAAUCAAAUAAAUAUCAAAAUGAACUUAGAAAAUAAAAUAAUAGAUUAUAAAAAUACAUGCAGGAUUUGCCUUAAGGCUUCAGAAAAUAUGAAAAAUUUAUUUACACUAAUAAUCCCUAAAGACAACACAGCAGCUGUUGAAUUCAUAAGAAAAAUGACUGAUUUAAAAUUGCUAUACUCAGAUACCCUGCCGUCAAAUAUUUGUAGUGAAUGCACACAAGGAGUUUUAACAGCAUUCGAUUUCGUGGAAAUAUGUAUAGCCUCAGAUGCAAGGUUGAGAACACAGGAAACCAGAAGGAUGUUGCGAAAAAUAGAAGCUGAAGCUCUGGAACUGGAAGAUGACGAAGCAUUGAAAUGUGAAACACCAUCAGAAAUAGAACAUUGUUCAGAGCAAGACGAACUGGUUGAAACUGGUAAAUCAGAAGAACAGAGUCAGAUUAUUCAAGAAAAAGAAAAUCCUUUACCUCUGGAAUUACAAUUCACAAUCACUAGAAUAAAAAAUAAAUACAAAUGCGAUUUGUGCAAACAUAAAUUCAAUAAUAAAACAGUAUUUAAUAAACAUAAACGAACUCACGAGAAAAACGCUUUUAAGUGUACAAAAUGCUCAGCCAGUUUUAACAAAAAAACGAAUUUGAAGGCACAUUUGACAAUACAUUUAGAAAAUAAAGAUAAAAAGUUUAAAUGCAAAGAAUGUGGCAAGUUUUUUGUAUUUGAGCACCUAUUGAAACAACAUGAGUUUAGACAUAGUGAUGUUAAGCCUUUUCCCUGUACCAAUUGUGAUAAAGGAUGCUUAACAGCCGAAAGCCUAAGGAGGCAUAUGCGCACACAUGACAAAAACUAUACAAAGAAAGUUCACACAUGCCACUUGUGUAACAAAUCGUUUGCAUAUCCCAGUUUUUUAGUAGAACACAUGAAAAAUCAUACUGGGGAGAAACCACACAUAUGCAACGUAUGUGGUAAAGGUUUCCGGCAAAGUGGAGCUCUUCACUUUCAUGAAAGGAUUCACACGGGAUAUAAGCCUUUUCCUUGUCGUGUGUGUAAAGAAAAUUUUAUGUCACGAAGCAUUUUAAAAGUUCAUAUGAGAAAACACACAAACGAGCGCCCAUAUGUGUGUGAUGUUUGCGGGAUCUCUUUUAGACAAUCUUCAGACCUUAAAACACACAGAAAAAUACACACAGGAGAAAAACUGGUUUUGUGUACUGUAUGUGGCAAGAAACUUUCAACAACAGGUCAACUUACAAUCCACCUCCGCAGCCACACGGGAGAAAAACCAUUUACCUGUUCAACCUGCAACAAAUCAUUUGCUUCCAGAACUAUGCUAGCCACUCACGAGAGAAUUCAUACAGGCGAAAGACCUUAUUCCUGCAAUGUUUGCAAUAAGAGCUUCUCUCAAAAUUGCACGCUACUUGUCCACUCCAAGAUUCACAAUAAACAAAAUAAGAAAGGAAGAAGUAACGCUAAAAAGGAAGCAGAAAAGGAGAAAAAGGUUGCAAGUACUGGAAAGGGUAGUUUGAUGAAAAAAAUUGCUGAUUUGCAAAAGAAGGCUUUGCAGUUGGAACAAUCGCAGGGUGAGGAGUUUGUUGUAAACGAUAUCGUUGCGAUAAAUAAUGAUGAAGUGCACGAAAGUAUAGCUAGAGCACAAUUCACAGUUAUAGUUCCAGUUUCUGGCUCAGGUUCGGCGCCUCUUGCGAUUGAUGUGCAAUCCAAUACUAAAUAAUUAGAAUACUUUGUUAAUGUUUAUAUACAAAUAAAGAUAUAUCGUUUUU